CUCUACGGUUUCAAUCAGCUGGUUGCUAUGGCAAUAAACAAUUAUGUCAAUUUGAAACACCAAUAUAAUUGUGUCUACGUAUCUUUAGAUGUAAUUUUGUUAUUUCUCAUUAAUAAGCCAUGGGUGAGGCACAGUUUGGGGUGCGUCAUAAAAUUGGUGCACCCAUAGCAACCACCAGACUAUCAGAACAAGCAAUAGUAUGUAUGCCCCCAAGAUCAGCUAAGUUUACUCUAGACGAGUGGAAAUUGAGCAAUGAUCAACGAUGCCGUAAUACAGAAGAUCAACAGCAACUCGCCGAUCGAAUUCUUAGUGAGUCAGAAAGAGUAAGAGAAGAAACAGCAGAACGAGCAGCUAUCCUAAAAGCAACCACAGACAGACGUAUCGAAGAACGUAUAGGUGAUGUAGAAUUCAAUAAGAAGGAGUUACAGGUACAGAGAAAGGAAAUUUGUAUAGAACUCGAAAGCUUGGGAGUCUAUAAAACUCGGUUACAGGAUUGUCUUGCUUCUCUUCAAACAAAUGCACUAACGGUUUGUCGAAAGUGUCUGAUGUUGCGGGAUGGUCGAAUCGGAAUCGACUUGGUUGUCGAUGAAGUUGAACAUGCUUUGCAAACAGAAAUAACAACAAUUCUUGGAGGCCAGAGCCUUCUGAAAAGAGCUUUGGAACAAUUAAAUGAGCAGAUGAGACGUCUCCGUUCUACUAGAUAUUUACUUGAUCGGGAUUUGCAAUAUAAGCAAGGCGCUAUUGAUUUAGAUAAAGGUUCUUUAUCCCUUAAACCAACUGAUUUGUGCCUCUCAAUUUACGAAGGUUAUGCAAAUUUAGAUCCAGCAAAUAUAUCAGCAGAUGAGUACAAUGCAUACUCUGCAAAAAAUAUACAGCAAGCUGCAAGAGAAGUGACCAGCGCAAGACCAAUACGUGUGUUUAUUGAUACUCUACUGAAACAAGUCAUAGACGACCUCUGGGUUGCAUUUAAGAAAUGCAACCACGAAUUCAACGAACGCAUCGUAGCAACAAAACAAGCAAAAGCAACACUUGAAGAUAUGCAUAGAUUGACAACUGAAAAGAUCUCUCAUAUGCAAAAGAAUAUUUUGAAGUUGCAGAAGGCUUUGUCAGCUAAAGAGGGCAAUACUGCCUUAGCCCACACGAGGCUUGGAAGACGUGCACAGCGCGUCGGAGCUGAAUUAGUUCGUGAUCCUCCUGGACAAGCGUUGUUUUACGAAUGUGAGAUGCUGCGAUAUAGCACGGAACAGUUACAACAGAUGCUGCAUGAAGCAACAUCAUCUCUACGUUAUCUUCUACAGACUCAACUCCAACUGGAAGAAGAUAUAAACGUUAAAAUGAAUACGCUCAAAAUUGAUGAGGUUGAUUGUAUGACACUUCGCGCUACGAUGGAUUAUCAUUCUUAUUAAAGCCGUUUUGUAUUUUGAUGCACAAAUUUUAUUCGUGUUUUCUAUUGCACUAUUUUAUGUACAUCAUAAAACAUUAUUGUAUUA